AAUGGGAGGAAAAUGAAUUUAAUACUGAAGCGAUCCGUCAGUAACUUCUCUCAGCAUUCACGCAUUCUCCCGUACAAUUCCGGACCAGAUCAAUGGAUCCGAGACCCAGGAAACGGCCGAAAGCUUCCCCAAACCGGCCCAGUCCCUCCUCCUCUUCUUUUCCGAGCUCAAUUAUGGAACCACCCGCUAGCUUGUUUCCUUCCAAGGGGGAGUUGUUGAGACUGAUACCUGUGCUGGCUAUCGCAUACUCGGUCGCUUUCGCCUGCCAUUUCGUGCUCAACUUCAUUAACACCAGCCCGAAACCUUUCUGCAAUAGCAACGUGGACUACGUUGAUUCUGUCUCCGAUUUUUGUCAGCCUUGUCCAAGUAAUGGAGAGUGUUAUGAAGGCAAGCUGAUAUGUGCUCAUGGAUAUAGAAAGCUUGGGAGCUUGUGUGUAGAAGAUGGAGAUAUUAAUGAAACAGCUAAGCAACUUUCCAAGCAGAUUGAAGUUCGUCUAUGUUCAGCUUAUGCUCAAGUUUUGUGCACUGGGAUUGGGUCAAUUUGGAUUCUAGAGGAUGCUAUAUGGAAGGAUUUAGAUUGGUCUGACUUGAAGGUAAACACUGAACCAGACAGUGCUAUCUACCAACAUGUGAGAAACAGAACAGUGGAGAAUGUUAGUAAAUUUCUGGAGAUGAGAACUAAUUCUAACGGGACCAAAGAGCUGAAGUGCCCAGAUUUGCUAGUAGAACAUUACAAGCCCCUUGCUUGUUGUAUCCGUCAGUGGAUCUCCAAGCAUGUUUUCAUUAUUUUUCCUGUUUGCACAUUGCUUGUGGGCUGUACAUUGGUACUCCAGAGGGUUUCUCGUAGACGAUAUUUGUCAACUAGAGUUGAAGAGCUUUACCACCAGGUAUGCGACACACUUGAGGAGAAUGCUUUGACAUCAAAAAGUAGAGGUGGUGAAUUUGAACCCUGGGUUGUUGCAUCGCGGUUACGGGAUCAUCUUCUUUUGCCCAGAGAAAGGAAGGAUGUGGAGUUAUGGAAAAAGGUUGAAGAUUUGGUACAGGAAGACUCCCGAGUAGAUCGUCAUCCAAAGAUUGUCAAGGGAGAAUCAAAGGUGGUAUGGGAAUGGCAAGUUGAAGGAUGUUUGAGUUCUUCCAGGUUAAAGAAAAAGAGAGAAAGUAAAUUGAAGUCCAGUGAAGGCAUGGACUUGAAUUCGGAAGAAAAAAAAUGCACAGUGAUGGCUUUGAUUACGAGGGUAUCCGAUAAAUGCAAGGCAUGCAAGGAGACAGACAAUCUGACUUCUUCACUGAAGCUGAAAAUGGAGAGUUUUAGAGAUGACCGAAGUCGUCAUGGAGACAUCCUAUGCAUGAAACCUGUGGACGACAUGAAAACAUUUUCUGAUUGGAGUACCUAACCAACUUGGAAGUAAACGUUUUAGAAGUAAGAAUGUGCACAGCUUUUCUUAACCCGGAUAUGCAGCUUCGUGGCGUGAUAUCAGUA